AUGGUCCACAAGGAAGAUUCUGAGAUGCGAAUCAUCCAUCCGGGCAAGAUGAGCAUCCUUUUCAUGCUGAGAGAACGCAACUCUCUAGGGCAACUACUCGGCAAGGGUACGUACGACAGGAGCUCGAAAUACGUCUUUCAUUUGAAUGCAGGGCAGGUUGGAGAUAUCAUAGCCUGUGAUCGGCCCGCUCUUGUCCUCAACGGUGAUUACAACCAAAGUGAUGCCCGUGUCUACUUUCGUCUGCACGAGAGAUACUAUCGCGAGGUGACACUGGAAAGGGCGUGCAAACCUCCUCAGUCAGGACACAGCGAGCCCAUCACCGUCAUGAUGCCGGAGCCCGAGUUCUUCACCAUCCGGGCUAUGCUCAAGGGUGUUCUGCCGAGCUUCUAUGGUUGGGAUCUACUACUACACGGUGGUGCGUGA